CGGUGCUCGCCUCUUCUCCCCUUGCCUCCUCGCUGCCACUGUGGCCCAGAUCUGCCUUUCCGCAAGACUGCCGCACCCUUGCCCGCAAGCGCGAGGCCGUUUUUUCAUCCCUCAACUUAUCCGCCACAACGAUGCUCUUCCGCGCGUGCGCCCUCGCCGUGCUCAUGCUGUGGUCGGCCCGCGGCUCGAGAACCCUCGCAUCCGCACGGAGCCAGCAAGCAGGAGCGCGUCGAGGCCCACGGCCGGGACCGACGCCGCGCAGAUCGCUGCGCUCCGCGAGAGGUUGCUCAAGAUGUCAAGUGGCCUCAGCAGGAUCAUAGACCCAAGCGGCCCCUUGGCCAAGACAGAGCUGGGUCCGGAGAUGGUGGAGUUCAACGCCAGGGUCCGGGCAGUCGUCAACAGCACUGCUGGGAAGAGCGACAAGAAGUCGCUCGAGCAGCUGAAAGAGGUGAUGGGCAGCGUCACCAGCCUGGUCAAGGACCUGAACCAGCAGCAGAUGCGGCUGAUGCAGGAGGGGGAGGAGCAGCGAGAGAGCCUGCUCUUGGGCGUCCUGAUGGCGCAGAAGGGCGAGCCCAUGCAAAAACAGCUCGAGGUCCUCGGCUCCCCCGAGUUCGUGGGCCUCGCCGCCAGCAAGGCGGUCCUCGCCGGCAGGGACACGAAGACCCCGCUGUUCCAGCAGGUGGCGAACUUCCUGGACGCCCACGGCGGCGGCGGCGGCGGCCGGCGCAGCGCGGCCGUGGAGGCGCACAGCGCCGCCGUGGCGCACGUGGUGGCGUCGCUGCGGGCACGGCUGGCGCACCUCGAGCAGAGCGCGCGCCACGCCGAGGAUCGAAGCUCACGCCAACGCCACGAAGAGGGUGAAGGCGCUGGAGAAGACCAAGGACAACCGCUCCGCGAAGAUAGUGCACGCCAUCGAGAAGAAGGAGGACCGCAAGUUCCAGAAGAUGAUGGCUAUUCAGCACCAGGACAUCAGCGCCAUGAAGGCCGCCAUCAGCGCCGUGGAGCACGGCGACAUGCAGGGCCUGGAGCGAGCCAGGGCGGCGCUGGAGAACUCCAUGAAGAGCAUGCAGUCGAAGAACAGCGGCUUCCUUGUGCUCAUCCAGGAGGGCUUCCGCGCCUCCGGCCUGGACUGCCCGUACUGCGCCGCGCAGUGCGUCGACAAGUGCCACGAGGAGGGCAAGAAGUACGUCACGUGCCUCGAGGAGUGCAGGGACGCCGGCAAGUAGAGCCGCCUGCCUCGGCGGGCCCCGAGAUGUGCUCCGGCAGGUUCGCGGCGCCGUCCUGCGGGGCCGUUUCGGUCCCAUGCGGCGGGUCCCGCCCCCAAACACAAAUGACAUCUAAUUAUCC